UAAAAUAAUUUAAACCUUAUCUUUAACCUUAGUUUUGGAUGUAAACCAAUUCUAUAGUUGAUCAACGAAAUAUUUACAACAUGGCUCAUGUCAAGGAAAAUGAAAGGUCAUUGGACAAUAGAGACGCAACCUCAGCUGUGACAGAAACAUUGGGUGACGAUUCUUGUGCGGCGCUGAAUGAAAACGAUUCUAAAACAAGUGACAUGCCUGAAGAAUUUUAUUGCACUUCUGGGGGAUUAGCCGCAGCUCUUAGAUCUGUUGCAAGCUCACAGUUAUGGAACUUAAUUGGGUUUUCUGUGCCUCCUUCAUCUUUUCUGUCCAUGUACUCUCAAGAGAGUGCCAGUCAGCUGAAUUCUUCCAGUAUGCAUUGUGAGGAGGAUGAAGUGAAAAGCGCAGACGCAGUGGAGGUCAACACACUUCAAGAAGAAUAUCUUCCCAAAUAUGAAUCUGAGUACAUCAACGUUUCGGUACCUUUGUAUCAGGAGUAUUGGAUGAAUUCUGUAAGGAAGGAUUUACACAGAGCAAAGCAGAAAGGACUUUCAGAAUUGGUGGCAUCUAUACAUCUCCCCGGUCUGAAAACUCCCCCUCCAUCAGGUCCUUCUUCUGCAUCGAGUCCAUCAGACCAGCAGGUUAAAUCGUAUGCUCUAUGGCAGGAGCUUCCUCAAGCAAAGGAUCUGCUAAACUCCCUCACCGCACGUGAGAUCCAGCUUCAGGAGGCCAUGUUUGAGUUGAUCGUGUCAGAAGCCUCUUAUCAGAAGAGUCUGGUAGUAGCAGUGAAUGUGUUUCAAUGCUCAGCAGAACUUAAACAGACCCUCUCUCGUGUAGAGCAUCACGCUCUGUUCUCCAACCUGAAGGAAGUCUGUAGAGUCAGUGAACGAUUUCUGCAGGAUCUGGAGUCCCAUCUCAAGCAGGAUGUGGUGAUGUCACAGGCUGGUGAUAUUGUUUUGAAUCAUCAGAAAAGCUUUCAACAAGUCUAUGUGCCGUAUAUUACCAACAUGAUGUAUCAGGAGGCUCUCAUCACUCGGCUUUUGUACAGCAACAAGAAAUUUGCACUCAUUCUGAAAAAACUAGAGAAAGAUCCAUUGUGCCAACGACAAACACUGAAGUCCUUCUUGAUCCUUCCCUUCCAGAGGAUCACACGAAUGACACUUCUACUAGAGAACAUCCUCAAGCGAGUUGGAGGUUUAUGUCUUAAUGUGUCUCAUGUUAAGGAAGCCAUUGAAGCUGUACGUAAGAUAGUGACAGAGUGCGACAGAAAUGUCCAGCAAAUGAAAAGUACAGAGUUUCUUGUUUGUCUGCACAAGUUUGUGGAUUUUCGAAGCGUCAAGUCUAUUCCAUUGAUCACCAGAGGACGACACAUGCUUCAAGAGGGACCUCUGAAACAACUCAUUCUUGGAGGCAAUCACAAAGUCUCUGUGGUCUCCCGCAAAGAUGUUUACAUACAUCUCUUUAAUGACCUUUUGCUACUGUCUCUUAAAAGUGGACAGCGGUUCAUUGUGCAGGAUCAUGCUCUGUUCCCUGCUAAUGUUCAUGCAGAGGGAAUUAAAACUGAGAUUUUCGGCCUACCCCCUGAUUCUUUUCUACUCCAUCUGACCAAGAACCACAACAAAUCUUCCACCUCCAUUAUAUUGGCUGCACGCACACGAUUGGAAAAGGAGACCUGGAUCAAACGUUUAUCUUCAGAUAGCAAAAAUGAAAUGCCAUGAAGAGUGGUAGUUAAAUAUUUAUUAUUAAGG